GCAGCGCAUUCCACCCAGUCAACUCAUAGUUCCGUCGAUCGUCGGAAGCUCGAGACGUAAGUGGCUGUCGAGAUCUGUCGAGAUGUUGCCGCUCCAAUUCGUUCUAUUUGGCUGUCUAUUCAUCGCCCAGGGGCUUUGCCACACGCUGCCACAGCCCAAGGCGAGAACUGCACGCGAUACAUCUAAUAUACCUACGCAUCUGUUCAAGCCAGUAGGAGAAAAAUCAAACAACGAAAAGAUUUCCAAUAGAUCUUCCUUAAACGGAAAUGGCACAACAUUGGUAGAUCCAGAGGAUGAUGGAGUGGAGUUUUUAGAGAGAGGUAGCGGAGAAGUGGAAGAAGUAACCAGCUCUUAUGAAGACGAAGACAUCCGUUCCAACCGAUUUCGACCUCCACCUCGACCAUAUUUUCCUCAGAACUCACAAGGGAAUAUUGGCCCUAUUCGCAGACCGCCCCAAUACGGGAAUGGUUUCCUAACGGACUACAGUGAAGACCCCAGGGGACAAUUUCGUGGAGGCAGCAGCUUAAACAAUAGACCCUUCAUAAAUUCACCGAACUUCCCGAACCGCUUUGCUGAACCGCAAUACGGCAGCCAGGACACACCAUCGUGGGUAUCUAGAUCGAUCCCCAUACCAUUAGGUAACUCGAUGAUCCCUUUAUUUUCUGGAGGUCCUAGUUCUUCCAUGGGUCAGAGUGGCCCCAAUGGUCGCAAUGGUCCAAUCAGUUCUGGAAGCUCUUCGAACAACUUUUACCGCACGGAGUCCUACAGCUACAGCUCCGAUGGCAGAGGACCGCCACAGGUCGAGCGGAAUGUCUACGAUUCACGCGAUGGACUCGGAGCUUCUUUCCGUAACUUUUAGCUAAUCUCCAUUCGAAUAGCCUUUGGAAAUAAUCUAGAAAAUAAAAAACUAAGCUCGUAAUAGAAA